AUGCAGAUAUUCGUUAAAACCUUAACUGGGAAGACUAUUACCCUUGAAGUUGAGCCUAGUGAUACCAUUGAAAAUGUCAAGGCCAAGAUCCAAGAUAAGGAAGGAAUUCCUCCGGACCAACAGAGACUCAUAUUUGCAGGCAAGCAGCUAGAGGACGGAAGGACGCUCAGUGAUUACAACAUUCAGAAGGAGAGUACUCUCCACUUGGUCCUGAGGCUGCGUGGUGGUAUCAUUGAACCCUCACUCGUCAUAUUGGCCCAGAAGUACAACUGCGAGAAGAUGAUAUGUAGGAGAUGCUAUGCUCGUCUUCCACCAAGGGCUACAAAUUGUCGCAAGAAGAAGUGUGGAAGGUGCAGCCAAUUGAGGCCAAAGAAGAAGAUCAAGGGUGGAAACUAA